AUGGCGGCAGCACAACAAGCAGUCCACCGUCCUCGUCCCCUGAUCUCGGCCUGGCUGUUCCUCAGCUCCUUCGUCGUUGCCUGGGAUGUCGGUUACAUUCUUUUGCGACCCCGCAGUUUCCUUGGCGGCGAUCUCCACUGGAUCUGGUCUCCCUACAAGCUCUAUAUGAACAUCGACUACAUCUACGGCCUGCCUUCUUGGGAUGCUAAGGACGGUUUCCCCGCAGCACAAUCGCUCAUGAACGUCGUAGAAUGCUUCCUCAAUCUCUUUUACGUCUAUCUCGUCCAUCUGAAAGCUACACCCAAGUCGAUUGCAGUCGCGCCCGUCUGGGGCUUGAUUGCUGUGACGAUGACGCUCUCCAAGACCAUUCUCUAUGCUCUUAACGACUACUGCUGCGGCUGGUGCAAAACAGGCCACAACGAUUGGAACACCCUUGUCUUCCUCUACAUUCUCCCUAACGGCCUCUGGAUCCUCUUCCCAGCUAUUAUCGCUUUGAUCUUUAUUCACGAAUUGUCCACCACGCUCAAGGUCGCUGCUGGAGUACAAGGUGCGCCUUUCCACACCAUCCCCCCUCUCGCCACUCCUAUACUUUCCUCCUCUGCCGCAGGCACUGGAGCGAAGAAGGAGACGGAGGAGAAGGAGAAGGACGAGUCUAAUCCAUAUUUGGUUGAUCAUUCGCAGCUUCCGAAUUGGGCACAGGACAACGCUUGGAUCGUCAAAGGUUACCGUCGCCCAGGCGGAACACACCGAGAGGGGGAAAGGCUAAAAAUCUUUGAACACGAUACUGUGUAUAAAUGCUGGAAGAGCGUUUGGGCUUAUUGGCAUAACGAAACUGUGAAUAUUCACACCCAUCUCUGGGGAGCAGUGUUCUCAGUCGGAUUAUCGACAAGCCAUCUUCUGCAGCAUUUCGGGCUGCUACCAGCAUUCAUUAGACCGCUUUCGCAUCAUCGAAUCUUCUAUCCUUCCAGUCUUGUUUUCACCACCGUAACAGGGAAAGUGCUUCGUCUUGCUUCCGCUUCCUAUCCUUUUUCGACUUCUACACACUCCCAUCUCACCUCAACAGCGACUGCGACGGGUGGCGGAAUUCUCAGCCGCGCCCUAUCCUUUUUCUUCUCCUCCACCUCCCCAUCCGGCAUCGCAUCAAAAGCAACCAACCUCACCAUCCGCGCUCCCGACACCCUGGACAUCCUCGGAUUCUGCGCCUUUUUCGUCGGCUCCAUCGUCUGUCUCGGCUUCUCUUCCACCUACCACGCCAUUCAAUGUCACUCCCAUUCGGUCUCCAAAAAGUUCAACAAACUAGACUACGUAGGGAUAGUAGUCAUGAUCGUUGGCUCUUUCCUCCCCGCCCUUCACUAUGGGUUUUAUUGCCAUCCGCAUUUCCAGCUCGCCUACUCUUCCGCUAUCAUACUUCUAGGAGGGCUGGCGAUGUAUGUUGUGUUGGCACCCAGCUAUGCUACUCCUGCAUAUCGACCCUAUCGUACCGCAGUGUUUCUAGUGUUGGGUCUAUCUGCGGUGGUUCCAGUAGCUCAUGUGGUUCAGUUGUAUGGGUACAGGACGAUAACAGAAACAAUGGGUUUGCGCUUCCUCAUCACUUCAGGGGCGCUAUAUGUGCUGGGCGCAGGUUUAUAUGCAGCAAGGAUGCCGGAGAGGUUCGCACCAGGUAGAUUUGAUAUGUUAGGGGCAAGUCAUCAGAUUUUCCACGUGCUCAUUUUUGGGGCUGCAGCAGCGCAUUAUGUUAGUAUCAGGAGAGCUUAUGCUUUUUGGCAUACGGUAGAGGCGAUACGUGGACCAUUGGAUGUGGGGAGGGAGGGGGUUUGUGCUGCUCUUCAGGGCUAG